AUGACACGGCCACACGAGGAGCACCAAUACCUUGAACUCGUUCGCGAGAUUCUAGAGGAAGGUGAGCAUCGGCCGGACAGAACGGGCACAGGCACAUACAGCGUCUUUGCCCCGCGGCCGCUCAAGUUCUCCCUCAACCGCGAUGGGACGCCGAUCCUGCCCCUCCUGACGACCAAGCGCGUCUUCCUCAAGGCCGUCGUCGCCGAGCUCCUAUGGUUCAUCGAGGCCAACACCUCAUCGCUUGCGCUCAGCGAGGCCGGCGUCAAGAUCUGGGACGGCAACGGCUCGCGCGAGUUCCUUGACAGCGUGGGCCUGUCGCACCGCGAGGUCGGCGACCUGGGCCCCGUCUACGGCUUCCAGUGGCGACACUUCGGCGCCGAGUACAAGGACGCCAAGACGGACUACACGGGGCAGGGCGUCGACCAGCUCGCCGACGUCAUCGACAAGCUCAAGAACAAGCCCUACGACCGGCGCAUCAUCAUGUCCGCGUGGAACCCCAAGGACCUCAAGAGCAUGGCCCUGCCGCCGUGUCACAUGUUUGCCCAGUUCUACGUGUCUUACCCCCGCGCGAAGCGGUCUGCCAACGGUGCAGCAGCGGCCAACGGAAACAGCAACGGCGAGACGAACGGCGAUAAGCAAAGGGGGCAUCUGCACUGCCAGCUGUAUCAGCGGUCGUGCGACAUGGGCCUCGGCGUGCCCUUCAACAUUGCGAGCUACGCGCUGCUGACGCACAUGUUGGCGCAUGUAUGCGAUCUGGUGCCGGGCAGCCUGACACACGUCAUGGGUGACGCGCACGUCUAUCUCGAUCACAUCGACGCCCUCGAGGAGCAGAUGAAGCGAGAGCCGCGCGACUUCCCCGAGCUUGAGAUGACGCGCGAAAAGGGCGGAAGCAUUGAUGGGUGGAAGGCGGAGGAGUUUGUGGUCAAGGGGUAUAACCCGCACAAGUCGAUCCCGAUGAAGAUGUCUGUAUAA